GGUAUGAAACAACUUCGCACUUAUCCCGUCAAACAAGUUUUGGCAUUUCCAACCGACUCUGUUCGAGCAGUUAGCCCUGUGCUUCGGCUCUCUCUGGUUUCGACCUCAUAGCUGGGUACCCAAGCCCUCAGCCUCGCGGCCUUUGACUUCCAGAUUUUUGACAAGAAGUCGGGUUAGCCGCAGCCGCCAGCCGCCCCGUUGGUGUCAUAGGGCACAAGGCUAGGCACUUUGUUUUGGGUACCGACUGGUGUAUCGGACCCCGUGCUGGGGAUGGGGCUGCCCCCUAGCGUGGAGUGACGUCGGGGGCGUAACUUGGGCCCCAUCAUGAGGUUGAAACCAGCCCAAAAAGUGAAAGGGUUGGCCGUGAUGUUGGUUGAAAGGGAUGUGCUGACCGGUGGUGUCUGUGCUGAGCAAGCAGAGCAAGCUGAGCGAUCUCCUUGGUCCACGAACAUUGGUUGCUGUUGAGGCGCCUCAAACAUGUCUACAAGUAGUGUUGAAAGAAACAAAAGGCAAGCCAAAGUGUUGGAAGAGAACUACUGGGACUGCAGCGUAUGUACAUACCGCAACACUGCGGAAGCCUUCAAGUGCCUAAUGUGUGACGUACGCAAAGGAACAUCUACCCGGAAGCCGCGCAUAAAUCCCCAGUUGGUUGCGCAGCAAUAUAAUCCAACACCUCCCAAAACUCACCGUCGUGAAGGUAAAGACAAGUCAGAUAAAAAGGACUUUGACAAAUCGGAGAAGAAGAACCGGAGGCCUCCAAGGCUGAAAAAUGUUGAUCGUAGUACUGCUCAAACCGAAAGAGUGACUGUUAAUAACGUUACUGUAAUGAUCACAGAGUAUAAGCCCAAAGUACCUGUCGAUCAGUCUGGUGCUUCAAGUAGUAUGUCAUCUGAAAAAGAUAGUCAGUCUGAGACAAGUUCCGAACCAAGGAGUCCUAUGGGCACUGAUUCACGCAGCUCUUAAAUUUUGUCCCCAUAAUUCAUGGUGCUGUUCAUUGUUUGUUGGCAGUCAUUUGUGUUUGUCAUCAAUGAGCCGGUGCUGCUUAUGUCAGCAAGGAUGAUUUUUCAUUUGUCUUGUAUGUUUUAAACAAAUUGUAUUCUUUUAUUUAUGUUUGUCUCCUCUUGUUAUCUGAAUCUCUUUUAGUGCAUAUUCAUAUUAUUCUAUGUCAUGUGGUUCAAUUAAGUUCUCAAUACUGUGUGUAUGAAAUGUUAUUUUGAUCCAGUUUAAAUUGUGAUUGUAAAGGUAUGGAAUGUAUGUAUCAUAGGAAACAAAUAUUUUAUAAAGCGCAGGAGCAUAAUAUUUUAACUAGGUUCUUAUAUAAUAAUUUUAAAACUUUUCAAGCCAAUACAAAUGAAAAAAGUAUGUUCAUCAGAAAUGCAACCAAAAAUAAAUUUUUAUCUAGCCUCACUGGGAUGUCAACCCUGCAUGUACCUUUCAAAAUAUCUCUCCCCACCUAAAUGUAUGGGCUAAAGGUAAUUUGUUGUUAUAAUUUUAGUUUUAUGUUGUGUCAGUAAGGUAAGCCUUUCUUCUCAUAACUCACUUGCAAUGGCAGUAUUGAACUUUGAAUCUGGCGCGUUUUGUGUAUAAAAAGAAGACUGAACAUAAUUCCUUUAUGCUUUAUACAUUUUAUUAUUAGGAAUCUUCCUACUGGCCAGUAAAAUUUGAACCGUGCCUAUAAGCUCUUCUGAUUAUUUUGAACAAUCUUAUGUGAGUGUUGCUGUAUUUUAUACUUUGACAGUUUCAAUUUUUGGCACUCCUGUGACGUAUAAUUCUUGUGUCUGACAUGGUUUUUUUUUUUACAAACAAAAAUUUGUCCCACUUAUUGGACCAUUUCUAUGGUGGUUCUAAAUAUAUUGUGUAACAUAUUAGUAUGAAUCAAUGUUUGCCUAUUUCAUCUGUAGUUUGUUUUUAUUCUUUAAAUUUAACAUAACUGGGCACAUUUAUAGUGGCUUUUCUCUGUACAAUUUGCUGUUCUGCUUCAUUGUGCUCACAGACAUAUUUAAUGCCAAGUGUGUAGAUGUAUUGUAAUGCAAACAAGAAAUUUCAAUUUUUGUGAUAUAGAAAUGUAAUGUACUCAAUUGCCCUCUAAAUUCCAUUGUACAUUGGGCUUGGUGAAUAGAAAGAGCCAUUUUCCCUUCCCAUGGCAUAUUCAUUAAUUAAUUUCUCUAAGGCAAUGUAUGUCUUCUUUUGUGAUGUUCGUUACCACAGUGUUCACAUUCUGCCUCUCUUUUGGAGAACUUCAAUGAAAUUAAUUCAGUCAAGCAAGAGCAUAUUUUCUCAUUUCUCUCUUCCUAUUGUCUGCUGAGAUGAUUUCCUAUUCCUAAUGGUUUUCUUUCCUGAGGUCAACCUAUUGUGCUCUGAAUUUAUUUUCCUUGUAAUGGUUAUUCUCGUUCUGUUUUCAGCAAUUAGUAACUUGCCAAAUGGUUUGACCUAAGUCUAACUGACUGCCCAACAUAUGUUGUGUAUUGGAUUUUUAUCUUUGUGAAUGCUCUGCAUCAGUCCACAUUGUUGCUUCUCAAUAGCAUGUACUGUUCCAAAAUAUAACUGUCUUUUGAAAAGAAAGAACCAAAGAAACAUUGGUGUUACUGUGUUAACUGUUCCUUUUGAAGUACUUAUAAAUCUUUAAUGGAUUUAAUCUAAUAAUAAAAAAAAGUCUUGUGUUUCAAAA